AUGGCGGAGACUCUCAGCAGCAACGCGAUGAACUAUCUCGUAUGGCGAUAUCUUCAGGAGGCCGGAUUCGGUAAUGCCGCCCUGCAACUCUCGCGAUGCUGGAUCCGCGACCCCGACACGCUGCCCUUUGCGAAGAACAUCGAGCAGCACGCCCUCAUCAGGCUCGUCCAGGACGGGCUGUGCUUCGACCAGCUGCAGGCCGAGGCUUGCAAUACGGAGCCGCGCUACAAGUUCGGCAGCGACCACGGACGACCCUAUUCGGCGCGCAAUGGCAACCUCUUGACCCUCGACAAGGGCAUUCCCGCACACGAACUCGCCGCCGAGGCCAACGGCGCUGUCCAAGAACCCCCGCCCAAGAAGACGCUCAAGCGCAAGAAGACGAAGCCCACGAAUGGCGUCGAGCCGCGCCCCGAGCCCCAGGUCAACGGCGAUGCCAUGGAAAUCGAGCACAACGGCACCACGCAUGUGACCAACAGCGUGCGGGCUGAGUCGGAGCCCAUGGUCUCGGAAGCCGAGUCGCCCUCGCUUGCUGAUAUCCCCAUAUCCACCCUCAGCAUCGGCCAGGACGCUGAGAUCCAGACUGAGGCCAUCGCUGUGGCUGAUCUCACUCCCGGCAUCGUCUCCAUCCCUCCCCCCUCAGACCCUGCCUGUCUUAUCGAACACACGCUAUGGGGGCCUAUAGACUCCCCUGUACUGCUCGCAGCCGGCAAAUCCCUACUCCAAGUUCACGUUGUGAGCAAAGACCCUGGCCAUGAACCCCCUACCCAGCAUUUCGACAUACCCUUACCCGUCGACAACUUCGACGUCACCGCGCUAUGCUGGCAUUCCGACAACGAACUCACUGUCUCUGUGCGAGAACAGCGAUCCAACGAAGUCGGAGAGAAGAUGAUGAUGGACAAGCUCAUCAAGCUUACCGAAGGCGGCCAGGCCUCACAGGUCAUCUCCUCCACUGCCGGCCUCAUCAACACGCUUCGCUGGAACCCCGAACGAAACUUGCUGCUCUCGAUAUCAACAGACGGCGAAAAGGGUUCCAUCAAGGUGUGGAAGAACGAUAGCGACUCUAUACCCGCAUGGACCGAAUUCACCGACACGGCCAUAUUCGACGCCCACUGGAUAAGUGACUCUGCUUUUGUCGUUUGUGGUAUCAAGCUCUUCAAGAUCUACCAAGUCAACGAUUCCCUGACUACCCAGCAAACCCUCGACACUUCAGUAACAUGGGAAACAGUCAAGUAUGACGCUGCGUCUAGGAUCAUCGCCGUGCUGGGUAUCGAAGACAGGAAGUACUAUCUUGGCAUCCUCCACCCCAACGACUCGAUACAACUACAGGUCCACGAAUAUCCUGAUGAGUACCCCACCGAUCUCAGCUUCCGCGUAAAAUCAAAGACCAGCCACCUUACGAACGGUUCUUCGCUGCCCUCUGUUCUGCUUGCAACGAGCUCCAUGGCUGGUGCAACGCGCAUCUGGGACGCAAACGAACCUUUCAAAUGCGUCAAAUAUCUACCUACCACGGAUGGUACGCAGGCCUUUAAGAUUGCUUUCUCUCCAGACGGGUCGCUCUUAGCUGCUGCAGGCCCCGAUGCCGUCACUGUUUGGGAUGUAGAAAAGAGAGAUGUACCAAUUGCCUCGUGGCGCGCCAGUGAAACUCCCAGCGACAAAUGGAACCCGGCCAUAGACGGAGAGUACAGUCUUGGUUGGGAGCCAGAUAGUUCUAGGUUAUCUAUCGCUCUUGGAAAUCAGAUUGCUAUCGUCACGGUUCCGAGGUAG